AAUCUAAACGUAUCCAUCAACAAUACCAUCAUCUUUGAUUCUUGAUUUUUGAUUUGAUUUUGUAAGCAAGAAAAGAAAAAUGGGUGUUAUGAAGAUGAAACUUCGUUCACUAAAAUGCCAAGUGAGAAUAGUAGAAGCAAGAAACGUUGUAGAGAUCAAAAAGUCUAAAGCUAGUACUCUGUUCGUUAGAUUCUAUCUCUCUGCAGGAUACAACAGAAAAAUUCAAGUAAACACGAGAGAGGUCUCUUCGAAAUCAGACCAGCUCAUGUGGGAUCAAUCUUUUGGUCUCGAGUGUCAAGGGAACGAAGCAGCAGUCCAAGACUUGAAGCAACAGAGACUAGUAUUCGAGCUACGGAGGAAGAAAACAUCGUCGUUUCUUAGGAAGUCAUCAAGAUCUGAGGUCGUGGGAAGAGGAGAGGUUUCAUGGGAAUCAGUUUUCGAGUCGCCCGGCAUGGAGAUUGAGAGAUUUGUGGUGAUGAGUGACUCGAAAAAUCGGGUUUUAGUAGAUGAAAAGCCUAUGCUGUUGAAGAUAGCUUUAAAGAUCCAAGCUUUAGAAGAAACAGAGAAGAAAUUGGAGAAGCUUUGUUGUGUGUGUAGUAGUAGAGAUUGUGGAAGCUGCAGUUGUUUAGAUUAUGAAGCUUUUGCUUUAGCCUGUGCUUUAGAUUGUAUUUAAAGAAAGAAACAUAGAUUUUGAUUCAAAUUAACAAACUCAAACGAUAUAUGACAAAUAGUUGCAGAAGCAGUUUCACAACUCUUUUUAUUAAAA